CACUCCACGUAAUGAUUUAAACAUCAGACACAGGCACUUCAUCACCCGACCAGGCCUUCCCCGAGACCAGAGACAGAAUAACAGUACUGUUGCAGCAAAUGAAGAGCAAAGCGAAAGGCAAGUGGAGAUUCGGCACCAAGCUAAGGUUACCGAUGGUCUUCCUUUUCUGUUUAUUCUUCUUCCUCGCCGGAUUAUUCGGCUCUGGUCUGCUCCCUCAGGAGUUUUCUAGCUCUGAACCGAGACGGUUGAUCAGAGAGGAGAGAGAUUAUGAUCCCUUGGCUCAUGGAGAGAGCGGAGAGGACUCGGUUACUUCCAUCCCUUUUCAGGUCUUGAGUUGGAGACCACGUGCCCUGUAUUUUCCUAAUUUUGCAACUUCAGAACAAUGCCAGAGCAUAAUCAACAUGGCCAAGUCUAACCUUACGCCAUCAACGGUUGCUUUGAGAGUGGGAGAGAUACGGGGAAACACUGAAGGAAUUAGGACAAGUUCUGGUGUGUUUAUUAGUGCAUCUGAAGACAAAACUGGGAUAUUGGAUCUGAUAGAGCAAAAAAUCGCAAGGGUCAUAAUGAUUCCAAGGAUUCAUGGGGAGGCAUUUAACGUUUUGCGCUAUGAGAUUGGGCAGAGGUAUAAUUCUCAUUACGAUGCAUUUGAUCCUGCUGAAUAUGGCCCACAAAAGAGCCACAGGAUUGCUACAUUCUUGGUGUAUUUGUCUGAUGUUGAAGAAGGUGGGGAAACCAUGUUCCCAUUUGAGAAUGGCUUGAACAUGGAUAAAGACUACGAUUUCCAAAGGUGUAUUGGUUUGAAAGUAAAGCCACACCAAGGGGAUGGACUUCUAUUCUACUCAAUGUUCCCAAAUGGUACUAUUGAUCCCACAUCACUUCAUGGGAGCUGUCCGGUAAUCAAAGGGGAGAAAUGGGUGGCGACAAAGUGGAUCAGGGAUCAAGAACAAGAUGACUAAAUAUUUAUUUCUCCAACCAAUGAGCUUCAAAAAUUUUGGUUUGCUCCCGGCAUUUUGCAUCUGUCUCUUGCCAUUGGAGUCUCACAAAAAAAAGGGGUGGGUGGGUAAUUCUUCAUAGUAAUUUGUUAUUUCCAUGUGGAGUCACAAAAUAAUGUCUUAUGAAACAGUAGGAUGCAAUUAUCCUUUUAGAAGUUGCAUUUACGUCAGCUCAAUCACAGCUAAAAUGAUUGAA